CUCUCUCCGCAUCGCGAUUAAAGUCUUGUUGGGAACGACGGAAGAAAGCAGCAGCGGCAGCCGCCAUACACGAACAACGAUUGCUUCGUUGAAAUUGCCCUAGGGAUAUGAUGGACGGAUCUGUCGGAUCGUCAGCAGCCGCUGAUCUGUCGAAGGCCGACCUGGAGGCGUCGAAGAGGCUGAUCUUGCGGUGGGAUUCCACGGCGACUUCGGCCGGGGAGCGGAUGUUGUUUGACGGCGGGGACCGCUCCGAUGGGGAGAGUUAUCUCCGCGCCUUCGACGACAUCCGACGCUCCAUCAAGGAACCGGGCGCGGCGGGAAGCCCGCGGCGGUCGUCCUCGUCGGAGAACGUGAUCCAGACCGCGAUGGUGCGGCUGGAGGACGAGUUCCGGAACUUGUUGCUGACCCGGGCGACCGAGAUUGAUGUCGAAGCGUUCGUGGAUCUGAGCUCGCUCUCGAUGAGCUCCGCUUCGGGGGAAGGGAUCAACGAUCUGUCUGAUGUUGAGGGCGGCGGGGAUGCGAGUGGUGAGUCCGAAUCCGUGAGUGGGAGCAGCAGAAUCCACCGGAGCAGCAUCGGGUCGAUGAAAAGUAUCCGGGAGAUCGAUCUGCUGCCGGCCGACGCGGUAGAUGACCUCCGGAGCAUCGCGGAGCGCAUGAUUGACGCCGGGUACGACCGGGAGUGCAUCCAAGUGUACGCCGGUGUCCGGAAGGCAGCGGUGGACGCUUGCCUCAGGAAGCUAGGGGUGGAGAAGCUUAGCAUCGGGGAAGUCCAGCGUCUCGAGUGGGACGCUCUCGAGGCAAAUAUACGACGCUGGAUCCGCGCCGCCCGGAUCUGCGUUCGGAUCGCCUUUGCCAGCGAGCGUCGCCUUUGUGAACGCAUCUUUGAAGGCCUUGGGAUCUCUGAUGAUACCUCUUUCACCGAAACAGUCAAAGGCGCUGCUAUCCAACUCUUAGGAUUCGCCGAAGCCAUCAGCAUCGGUCGUAGGUCACCGGAGAAGCUCUUCAAAAUUAUUGAUCUCCAUGACACAAUCUCUGAUCUCCUCCCGGAUGUUGGGGCUGUCUUCCAAUCCAAGUCUUCCGAAUCCAUCUAUACCCAAGCCGCCGAGAUCCUCUCCCGGCUUGCGGAGGCUAUCAGAGGAAUCCUUUCUGAGUUCGAGAACGCAGUGCUUCGGGAUCCACCCAAGACCCCGGUUCCUGGUGGCACCAUCCAUCCACUCACUCGGUAUGUGAUGAACUACAUCAAUCUCAUCUCCGACUACAAGCCCACUCUCAUGAAACUUAUAGUAACAAGACCAUCAGCUAGUGCCAGGUUAUCUAGUGAUGACUUUGCUGCAGCUGGCUCUGCACCAUUGGAGCUUGAUUUCCCGGAGUCUGAGAAUCAGACUCCACUCUCUACUCACUUGACUUGGAUCAUAGUUGUACUGCAGCACAAUCUUGAGAACAAGGCGGCUCUUUACAAGGAUAACGCUCUUUCCCACCUCUUCUUGAUGAACAAUAUCCACUAUAUAGUACACAAGGUGAAGGGUUCAUCCGAGCUCCGCGAGAUGAUUGGUGAUGACUACUUGAGAAAGCUCACGGGGAAGUUCCGACUGUCUGCAACUAGCUAUCAGAGAGCUACGUGGGUCAAAAUUCUCCACUGUUUGAGAGAUGAGGGGAUUCAUGUUAGUGGUAGCUUCUCAUCGGGAGUCUCCAAGUCCACGUUGAGAGAGAGGUUUAAGUCUUUCAAUGCUUCUUUUGAUGAAGCUCAUAAAACCCAAGCGAGUUGGUUUGUGCCAGACACCCAGUUGAGGGAGGAGCUCAGGAUUUCAAUCUCAGAGAGGUUGUUGCCCGCAUACAGGGCCUUUCUUGGGCGGUUCCGACAACAUAUAGAGAAUGGUAGACACCCGGAGUUGUACAUCAAGUACACUGUUGAGGAUCUUGAAAUGGCUUUAUCUGAUUUUUUUGAGGGGUUUAAUCCUUCUCAACACAACAGAAGAAGAUCUCACUAAUCAUGUGAUGCUUAGAGACUGUUGAUUGUGGAAGUCGAGAUUCUUUAGAUUCUUAGGAGGGAAACAUCAUCUCAAAUAUUAACAGCUCAGCUGAUUGGAAGUAUUCAACAACGUUGUGUAAUUGGGAAAUUAGAGUUGCCACAUACUAUAUGUAUUUGAUAUGAAGACCUUGCUGAUUGAUUUCUCUUAGCAUAUGCCAGUUAAAGUUUCCCUCUAAUCAGGGUUAGACUCCAUGACGAGGUGGAAAACCAUUGCUAUCCCACCAGAAUGUUGUUGAUUUUGAAUUAAUAGGUGCUAGUUGAAGAACGUAUCUUAUACUCUUUAUGUCUGCUACAUCGAUCACUAGCUUUUAUGAGCUUUUUAUUUCCAGUGAUCCACUUGAAGAAGCAUGCCUUGAAGACUUCAUGAUACUAUCGAUCGUAAAAGGCGCUAUAUUGCAGGUCUGACUUUUGUACACAGCUAUGAUCGAAUUGGAUGCUUGUGGAACAUCAAAUACUAGGACAGCGAUGGCUUAUGGCUUUUGGAGCUGGCCAAACCUUUAUUUCCUGAAUGAUGGAGUAGUUUUCUAUCCUCUAACAAACUAGGCCACAGGAAUGAUGCGGAUGGCCUGCAGCAGCUCUUCCAUUUAUUGUUUUAUCGUUUUGUGAUCAUUUUUGAUGAAUGAUGAGUGUUCCAUUAUGGCAA